CAUGAAAGCCUGGGCAACUGGACGGAAAACGAUUGUUUGGAAGCACGACGUAGUGGAGCCCUGUGGGGUAGGCAGGCUCGCGUGUGCCGCCGCCAGCCCGCAGCCAUGCCACACGUAGCGGCGGCGGCGCGCCUCGCCCGAGCAGCUUGCCUCGCAGCCCACGCGGGCGAACGGUGGAAUUGUUCAUCCAUUGAGCUUGCCCCGAAAUAUACGCCUGAUUUACUGACAGGUACUCGUGAGCAAGCGUACGUAUACGCGAUGUCGGCAGCCGCCCUCGCGUGGUCGGUGUCGCGGGCGUGCGCUGCGGGCGCGCUGGCGGCGUGCUCGUGCGCGGCCCCGCCCCGCGCGCCGCCGCGCCCCCCGCGCCAGGCCGUGCCACCCGAGCCGCACGCGAGGUUCAAGUGGGGAGGCUGCGGAGACAACUUCCAAUGGUCUGAGAGAUUUGCAAAGCAGUUUCUAGAUGCUCACGAAAUAGACGUUCGAGAUGGGCGAUUAGAAGAACAGAUGAUGGAAUUCGAAACGACGACUACAGAGAAAAUAUCAACGACAUCGGAACCGACUACGGCACCGCCUGUUGUGAUCCUGGUCGAUGAUCAGCCUGCCCCCGCAAACACCAGCGCGGCUCCGAGGAAAAAGGGCCGACGUGGACGUAAACGUUUGCCUCGGUCUCCACGUCGAGGCAGACCUACCAGGAAAAGAUUCAGAUCUAGAUACGACUACGACGACGACAAAGAAUAUCAAUAUCGAAAUAUCGAGUAUCGCAUGGCGGCAGACGACCCUCGCUUCGACCCGCAAGUGGACCUACACACGCGUCUCCAACAUCUGCGGCCGCUCAUCGCCUCCGCCAAUCUCAUUAACAACCGCUUCGGAAGAAAGACGGUGUCGCAGGGCAUGCGCACGAAGUGUACGUGCCACGGCGUGUCGGGCUCGUGCUCGGUGCGCACGUGCUGGCGCGCGCUGGGCCCGCUGGCGCGCGCGGGCGCGGCGCUGUUCCGCGAGGCGGCGCGCGCCGCGGCGCUGCCCGCGCGCCCGCCGUCGCUCCGUCUGCACCGGAGGGCGCGCGCGCGCCUACGCUACGUAACGCCCAGCCCCGACUACUGCGAGCCCGACGCCGCCGCCGGCUCGCAAGGCACGCACGGACGCAAGUGCAACGCGAGCCUGGGCGCGGCGCCGGGCGGGUGCGCGCGGCUGUGCUGCGGGCGCGGGCGGCGCGCGCUGCGCUCGGCGCGCCUGGAGCGCUGCCGCUGCCGCUACCACUGGUGCUGCCGCGUCGACUGCCAGCUGUGCCGCGUCACCGCCGAGGACCACUACUGCAACUAG